AUGUUAAAUGGAGAUAACAGAAAGAUAUUUAUCUGUGAUAGAGCUAUAUACAAGAUAAGGGAGGAGAUGGUGGAGGAGUAUGACAAGAGUGGACUUGUGAUGAUCAGAGCACGAUCUUUCCAUAAGUUUAGGGUUGCAAAGAGAUAUGGAGAAAGAUAUUAUUUUUUGACUCGAGGAAGCGUGCUUGUGUAUGAGGAUCUGUUUGGAGAGCCGUUAGAGGAAGUCGAAGUGUAUGGGGAGAAUGUUGUUGAUUUUCAUGUGCAUGAAGGAAAGGUGUUUAGUCUUGUCAGAAGAAUAGGCAGAUGUAUUGGGUUUGAUGAUCUUCAUGAAAUAAUGUUUGAUUUCCAGUCUGGUGCGUAUUUCUGGGAUGAAGGAUACUUUUACAUUAGCACAAACAAGAAUUUGAGUAGAUUUGAUAUUGCUACAAGACAUACUGAGGAGAUUCUGAAAGAUGUGAGCAUUAAGUAUUUUAUUGUGAAUUUUGGAAUGAUAGUUUAUGUGGAUAAUGCAAAUAUCAUACAGGUUAUCAAGAAGAAUGUAAGGCUCUCGUAUCAUUACCACUCACAUGCGGUUGUAGGAAUUGUUGUUACACCUCUUGAGAGUCUGCUUGUGGUUAGUAAGAAUAAAAAGCUUACAAGGCUGGAAACACGCAGAGAUGAGAGGAUGGCGUUAUCAUCUUUUGAUGGGGAUGUGGUUGAUUUUGUGUAUGAGGGAGAAUGUGUGUAUGUGCUGACAGCAUUUAGUUUGGUUGUGUAUGACAUGAAGAGUGGAACAGAGAAGGGAAGAGUCUACUCAUUGCCUAAUUUUGAGUACUGCAAGCUUUUCAGAGCCAAGAGUACAGAAGAGGAGGAUCCAGGAAAGGAGAUUUUUGAGCGGAAUGUGAAGAAGACAAAGGUUGUGAUUCCGUAUGUGUUUUUGAGGGACGAGAAUAUGAUUUCUGAGAGGAGUCUUGUGGUGAUAAAAGGGAGUUAUGUGUUUUUGUAUGAUCUUGAUUUAGAGGAGGUUGAGAAAGUUGCGUAUUUUGAGGGAGCAGACUGUUUUUAUUCUAACGGGUGUGUGAUUACAAUGUCUGGAAGGAUGCAUGGAGGAAGGACCAUGAAGACUUACCGGAUUGGCGGAGAAGGAAUGCGCUUGAUGCAAAGUAGGGAGUGUGUGAAUGUGGCAAAUGUGCCUGAGGAUAUUGUGCUUGAUGGGGACAGGUUGCUUAUGUACUUUGACGGGAGUUUUGUUGAGGUUGUAGAGGCAGGGAUAUUGAGACGCCUGAAGACUGGGAUGAUCAGGCAGAUAGAGGAAACUGAAGGAGGAGUUUUUGUACUGGAUGGACGUGGAAUAUGCAAGAUUGGUACAGGAGAGUGGAUUCUUGAAGACAAAGAGAUUGCGUCUUUUUGCAUGUCAGGGAAGAUGCUAUUUGUAUCGUUUCUUGGGGAUGGCGUGAUUGGAUUUCAGAUGCAGGAUGGAGCAAGCGAGGAGAAGCUGGUUGAGGAUGUGAAUGUGAUAGAUGUUUUUUCAAAGGAUUCUGUGAUGGUGACAUCCCAUGUUGAUGAGGAUGUGGUUAUUUUGAGGAGAUACAGGAAGCAUGGAGAAGAGUGGAUUAAGGAUAAAGAGAUGAGUAUUGGAGAUAAGAUAAGUAAGGUUGUGCAUGAGAAUGUGUAUCUUUCUGUGGCAAAUAAGCUACACAAGGUGGGAUUUGAGUGA